AUGGCGGCACCUAGACACACUCUGGAGUUUAUCCCGACCUUGCAGGACGCUGUUCAAGGGCUAGGCAAACUCGUGGAGGACCCAACAAGCGAUUUGGAUGAGAAGGAGUUGCCUGGGCUUGAUAAAUUAAUUACCGAUUGGUAUGACGAGGCUACGGAUGGGCAGCUUCCGCCUCAGAAAGAGCUCAUAUUUGAUAAAUUUGUUGAUGGGAAUAUCACAGCUGAAGAUGCGGGCGAGCUUAUUGCGAGAUCUGAGGCUGAGGCCUCGAUGGUAUCAAGAACUGAGAUUCAAACCCAAAGGUUAUUCUCCAGGCCCCCCAAAACGGAAGCACCACCCCAGAGGAAAUUCAUCACAGGCCAUGUUGCAGAUUUGCCGUUCGAAAACUGGGGUCGGACUGUGAGGAACACACCCGCAGUAACAUACUAUCCCGAGAAUGUUGCAGAAGUGCAAACCAUCGUUCGUGACGCUGUGCAGAAUAAUAGAGGUGUUCGGGUGUCAGGUUUCCGGCAUUCUUGGGCCCCCGUGUUUGGACGUAAUGAUAAAAUGGGCGAAAAGAACAAUGGAGAUGUCCUCAUCUCAACAUUAACUGAACUCAAUGCAGGCGUACUUCCGAAUCUCACUUCAUUGCCCUCAAGUCUCUUCGAGCCGGAGGAGACCGAGCUCAAUCACAUCAAGGUUGUGGAUGCGGCCUAUGUGAGCGGUCAAGCUCUGGGAGACGGCAAGAAGUAUGUUCGUGUUGGUACGGCUACUACGAAUGAGCAGUUCCGCCGCUGGUGUAUCAACGAAGGCGAUGUUACUUUGCCAAUGAAUAUUAUCGAAGUCGAGAUCACCUUUGGUGGCAGUAACGCAACCAUUUGUCACGGCGCAGGCAUUAAUCAUCCGACAUUGAGCGAUCUUGUACGAUGUCUCGAAUACGUCGAUGUUCAUGGUAAAUUACGCAUGGUCAACAUGGCGGAUGCCAACUUGCUCAGGGCAGCCAGUGGCUGUUUCGGGCUCCUCGGUGUUGUCACUCACAUAACCUUUGAAUGUGACGCAAUGUCAACAGCCGUCAUGCAUCCCAUUAAACUGGAUGUCGUCGAUGCCAUCCCACCUCCUCCUGAAAUAAAAGACUCAGAUAUUCCAGAGCCUCUCAGAAAACCCCGUACAGAACAACAGAAACAGAUAUCCCUGCAGAAUUUCGAACGCCGUGCAAACGGGGACUUUUAUGCCGAAUGGUUCUGGUUCCCCUAUUCGAGUCAAGUGUGGGUGAACACAUGGAAAACGGACAAGAGAACGAAUGAUGUUGUCAAUUAUCCGAGCCAUGCAAAGACCUUCAUCCAGGUUCUUGGGACUACAAUCAUGAAUAUAGGGCAGGACAUAUUGCAAAAGAUUGAGGCGUUACAGACCAAGCCUUACAUGCAAACUAGCUUCCUGUCAUGGCUGGCAAUGAAGAAUCUCGACGAGCGGAAAGAGAAUGAGACGCCGAUAAGAACGCUCUUGCCUAACGCCCUUCACUUUCAACGAGGUGUCCAGAAUAUUCGGGUCCGCGAUAUGGAGGUCGAGAUUCCACUUCACGCGAAGAAAGGCACAACUAACGAACGUGAUUACACUAAUGUCCAACGUGCCUGGUGGGACGCCAUCAGAACGUGCUACGACAACAUCAAAACUUGUCCCAUGCGGAUGCCCCUCGAAAUGCGAAUCAUGGGCUCUAGUGAAGUCACUUUGGCACCACAACGUGGUCACAAACUCGGAACUUGCGCAAUCGAAAUUUUGACCCUGAAGGUUGUUGCCGAUAUCUGGGAACCUUAUGCUCAGCAGGUUUUGGAUAAAUGGAUAAGCUACAAGGACAACGAUGGCAAGCAAGUUGUUAUCAGACCGCAUUGGGCAAAAGAGUGGUACUCCUAUAAAGUUGAUGGGAACCCUUGGAUAGAAAAACUGAAAAAGGAAAUUUAUAAGAACGAAAUUGCAGAGUUCAAGGGGUUGAUGGCGGCUAUUGGUAAGAAGCAUGGCUGGACGCUUGCAGACCUCAAGAGGACCUUCUCGAAUGAGGUUCUGGACUAUCUGUAUUUGGAUGAUGUUCUAACAUCCCAAACGGAGAAGGAUACCCAAGUUCAGGUGCAAGAAGUGCUGGCACGGUCAUUUCUUCGGAGACUAUUCGUCAAAAGUAGUUGUGGCUUAUGUCGUAGCGAGACAAUGCCGAAUUAAGUACUUCUUUCUUUCAGGAACCCUGCCUAGUUAUAUAAAGUAUAAUAAUAAUACUUUCCUAAUCCUUUUAA